GACGGCGCGCAGGCCCCGUCGGGCGGGAAGAGACUUCGGGACGGGCAGAAAGCGAGACGCUCCCGGUGGACCUCCCAGUCUCGACCUCUCGGUCGAACCUCGACUUGAGAACGCUAGCCGUUAUGGUGCAUGGAUCCAGUCUCUUUUCUUCCCUGUGGGGUCUGUUACUCCUGUCACUGGGAGGAUGUGACGGAGACCUCACUCUUUCUGUCCCGGAAGAAGUUUCUUUAGCAAAUGGCAGCGUGACGGCCAUCACCACCAUUUUGAGCGCCCCAGCCAAGGAGACACUGGUGAUAACGUUUAAUGUCACGUAUGCGUCCAAGAACACAACCAUCGUUGAACUGCCUGAUCAAGUAGUACUACCUGCGGGUGCAAAGGAAACGGAGUUCCAGGUGAGAGCCGAAGGCAUCGGGCAGGUGACUGCGUAUCUUCACGCCAACCAAUCCAACUUGAAUGGGCCAAGAAUCCGGUUCCUUGUGAUCCACAGCUACGCUUUGAGGAUUUUAGACCAGGUGAUCGGGUGGAUCUACUUCCUCGCCUGGUCAAUCUCUUUCUAUCCCCAAGUGUUUGAGAACUGGAAACGCAAAAGCGUCGUGGGCCUCAGUUUCGAUUUCAUCGCUCUGAACCUGACGGGCUUCAUCGCCUACACCGUCUUCAACGUUGGGCUCUUCUGGAUCGGCCCCAUUAAGGAGCAGUUCCUGCAGCUGUACCCCAAUGGAGUGAACCCCGUGGACAGCAACGAUGUGUUCUUCAGCCUCCAUGCAGUAGCCGUGACCCUCUUCAUCAUUUUCCAGUGCUGUAUUUACGAGAAAGGGAGCCAGAAAAUCUCUUGGGUCGUCGUCGGGCUGCUGGCCUUUGCCUGGAUUUUUGUCUUCGCCACCCUCUUUGUGGCCUUUCUCCGGGAAAUCACGUGGCUUCAGUUCUUAUUUUACUUCUCUUACAUCAAGUUGGGAGUGACUCUCGUCAAGUACUUCCCGCAGGCCUACAUGAACUUUCACCGGAAGAGCACGGAGGGCUGGAGCAUCGGCAACGUCCUGCUGGACUUCACAGGGGGAGUGUUUAGCCUGCUCCAGAUGUUCCUGCAGUCCUACAACAAUGAUGAAUGGAAGCUGGUCUUCGGGGACCCCACCAAGUUUGGCCUGGGCGUUUUCUCCAUCGUUUUUGACAUUGUCUUCAUCGUCCAGCAUUAUUGCUUGUAUAGACAUCCAGGCUAUGAGUCUAUAGAGUAAAAGCUCUGCCCUGAGGAACACAGUGCCUGUCCCAAGUCCACCCCACCGCACCUCCUGGAGGGAUCCAUGCUGUGGAAUCAGCAGCUCUGGACCUCCUGCACCUGGACUGCGAGAAGCCACCUGUGCCCUAUUUGUUGCUGCCCUUGUGCCUUCGUGUCUUGCGUGAACCUUAACCCAGGAAAGGUCAGCCUUCCUUGGGGUCUUCAGAGGAACGGGCCUCUUCAGCUCAGGGGAAAGAAGACAGGAGACUGGAUGUCAAAACACCGUAUAGUGAUCUUUACCUGCGGCCAAUUAACAAAGCAACUGCCUUCGGAGAAGAUGGCUGGGAACGAGAGGAACGAACAGCCACGCUUCUAAGGAUCAGGGCCACGUACCUGGAGAAACAGAGACAGCUAGGAGGUCCCAUUCCUGAUCAGCAACGGAUGAUUCCUUCUGUUUGGAAGGAGGAAGGGAAUUAGAUUAUCACUGGAGCCUCUCUGUCCUCUAAAAACUUUGUCCUAAAGCUGCCUGCGGCAAUGGGUGUGAAACACCCAGACCUCCGCUGUCGAUGACGAUUAAAAAUUUUGUAGCAGAA